CUUUUGAAUCACACCAAAGCAUGAUGUUUAUGUUCGAUUUGUUAUGGGACUUCUGGAAUUCGUUGUUGAGCCUUUUUUCGUCCGGGAAGAAGUCCCUUUCGAACCGGCUUAGCGUCUACAUAAAGUCCACAAAAGGUGACAAGCUGCCAGUCGAGCUUGACCCGAAAUGGGAUAUAAAAGAAGUGAAGGAAAUCGUGGCACCCAAGCUGGGACUACCGCCGGACAACGUUGAAUUCAUCCUAGCUGGUAAACUUCUUGACGAUUCGACAAUAAUCGAGGAAUGUGAUUUGGGAGAGCAAAGCAUCCUCCACAUGGUUGUCAGUAAGCGGGACAGUAAUAAAUCAAGGCCGUUGAAUCAAACCCUCGCAGCCUUGGAAGAGGAAAAUCCAGGGAGGGAUAGCCCGACGAGGGAGUUAGGUGAAAAAGUCCAUUUUUACGUGUUUUGCAGUCAGUGUGGGCCGAAAGGCGAGAGGCCGCAUGAAGGGAAACUGCGUGUCAGAUGUGCAACAUGCGGGAGCGGGGCCAUCACUGUAGAUUCAGACCCUGCAUCUUGGAGCGAUGUCCUCGAACCAAAGAGGAUUUCUGGCCAUUGUGAAGAAGAAAAUUGCCCUGCUGGUGCAGUCGCUUGGGCAGAAUUUUAUUUUAAAUGUGCCGAGCACACUACCACAAAUGAAAAAGAAGAAGCAUCAUCUCUCCACUUGAUACGCCCUAAUUCAAUGGAAGUUCCAUGUCUUGCUUGUACAGAAAUUGUAUCUCCUGUGUUGGUGUUUCCUUGCAGUGUGGGCCACUGUACCUGCAUACCAUGUUUUUUAAGGUACUGCUUGUCUCGAUUAUCUGAGAGAAAGUUUGUACUAGAUAAAACAAUUGGGUACACUCUGCCUUGUCCGACUGGCUGUAAGGACUCCCUUAUUGCUGCCACUCAGCACUUUUUACUUAUGAAAACGACUCCACAACUUUACGCGCAGUAUCAAAGGUUUGGUGUGGAAGAUUAUGUCCUUCAAAAUGGGGGUGUUUUAUGCCCUCAGCCAAACUGUGGGAAUGGCAUAUUCCCUGAUCCUACUUGUGAUUCUGUCAAGUGCAGUUCGUGCGGGUUCGUCUUCUGUAAAAAAUGUCUUCAAGGAAAUCACACGGGUGACUGUGAUGAAGUACCUUCCACUCUGUCACUAAUAGAAGGAGAUUCAUCUUACAAAAUAGACCCAUUAAAAGCCUCCCAAGCAAGAUGGGAUGAAGCGACAAAACUUACAAUCCGGGUCAAAACGAAGCCCUGUCCAAAAUGCAGAACUGCCACAGAAAGAUCAGGCGGUUGCAUGCAUAUGGUCUGCUCAAGGUGCGAUUUUGAAUGGUGCUGGGUCUGCCAGAUUGGAUGGACCAGGGAUUGCAUGGGGAGCCAUUGGUUUGGUUAAAUAUUGGCAAUCAAUUUAAGGCUUUCGAUUUAAUUAAAAAUCUAAUCACUAUUUUGAAGGACAGUAGCCAAAAUGACAGAAAAGAAAAAAUCGGAUGUCUUUCCAAUUGGUUUUCCAGUCUGAAAUGUAUAUUCGGUCUCGACUUUUAACAUUUUUGCUAUAAGCAGUAAGUUUUCAAAUUUUUAAACUCACAAUUGUAAUUAAUUUUUGUAUAUUGUCUGAAUUUGAACUGUUUGAAUUAGCAUAUAUGUUAUUUCAGAAAUUACAUUAUAAAUAUAACAAAAUUAAUUAAUAAAAAAAGUGAGGAUAGAUAGGUCAAAAUGAUUGGAAAAGACCUCACUACAGGUUCAUGACCUCCCAGGCCACAUGAAAACAUUUCUCAAUUAAAUAUUUUAGCUUGAUCAUCUCUGAUCUGCCUUUUCGUACUCGUUUUGCCUGUCUGACAUCCAUCAAAUUAUGCUUUGUGUUUUGACAAUUGUGUCUUUCUUUAUAUCUUUUUUGUAGUUUACUAACUUAUAAAAGUGAUAUAGCUGACAUAAUAACACACUGAAGAUUGCAAAAUGAAAAAACAAGACCAGGAUGAUAGGCAGCAAUGAAGCUAUUGAUAAAAUAAACCUGCGGGGUAAUAAACCAAGUUUUAUCAUCCACUGGACAUUUAUUUGCCAUUCUCUGAGUAAGUUAACAAUAAAUUGCAGUUUAUUACUUUAAAUUUUGAAACCGUAUAAUUAUUAAUGCCAUCGUCAAUUAAACGGAAGUUAAAGAUGUUUGAGGGGGUGUUGGUGGCUUGGUUAAGGGUCCCAGGUUUGAAUCCAGCAACCCUUAAUUUGAACCCUAACUUAUAAUUUGGCCCCCUCUCCAUUAAAAAAAAGUGUAUUUAUGAUUUUGUCAGAAUUAACAAACACUGUCGGAAAUGUAUUACAAGAAUUUGCUGAGAACUUAAUUGUUUAAACAAUCCUCUAAUCUUCCUUCUUAUUUCAAUGUGGUAUUAUUUACUUCUUGCAAUUUAUGAACUUUUGAAUUAUUAAUUUUUAGUUUAAAUAAGCUAAAUUUAUUUAUUUAUUUGUAAUUUAUUUAAAAAAAGUUUUAUUUUUAACGAUAUAGGACAAAAUAAGGACUGAUUGACAAAUAAAUUAUAAAAUAGUAUA